AUGCUGUCGCAACUUGUCAAGAGCCAUUUAGUCAAAGCCUCAGGUAAAAGAGCAUUUGCGACGACAGUUAAUGAGAAUUUUCUUCCCAAGAAGUAUGGCGGAAAGUACAUAGUUACCUUGAUUCCCGGUGAUGGGAUUGGUAAGGAAAUCACGGAUUCGGUGAAGACGAUUUUUGCUGCACAAAAUGUUCCCAUUGAUUGGGAAACAGUGGAGCUCUCGGGAGUGUCUGGUUCCGCUUCUCAAAUAGAUGAGGCUGUUUUGUCUUUGAAGAGAAACAAGGUGGGACUUAAGGGUAUUACAUACACUCCUAGCUCCCCAUUCGCGAAAUCUUUGAAUGUUGCAUUGAGGAAAGAGCUCGACAUCUUUGCUUCUUUAGUGCUGAUAAAAAACAUUCCUGGUGUUCCAUCUAAGCUUCAGGAUAUUGAUUUUGUCCUUGUCAGAGAAAACACUGAAGGUGAGUAUUCUGGCCUUGAACACCAGUCAGUUCCAGGUGUUGUUGAAUCUCUCAAAAUCAUGACAAAGUACAAGACUGAAAGAAUUGCUCGUUUUGCAUUCGAUUUUGCUAUCAAAAAUGAUAGAAAACUGGUGACUGCCAUUCAUAAGGCCAAUAUCAUGAAAUUAGGUGACGGUUUGUUUAGAUCUACCGUGAAGGAGGUUGGUCUUGCCGAAUACCCAGGAGUGGAAGUCAAGGACAUGAUUGUUGACAAUGCCUCCAUGCAAGCCGUUUCUUAUCCUCAACAAUUUGAUGUCAUGGUUACACCAAAUUUGUAUGGAUCCAUUUUAUCCAACAUUGGUGCCGCCCUGAUUGGUGGACCAGGAUUGGUGCCAGGAGCAAACUUUGGUAGAGAGCAUGCUGUCUUUGAGCCAGGAUGCAGACACGUUGGUUUGGAUAUUAAGGAUAAAAAUGUUGCCAAUCCUACUGGUAUGAUCCUGUCUGCAACUAUGAUGUUGAGACAUCUUGGUUUGGAUCCAUAUGCGGAUAAAAUUGCCAAGGCAACUUAUGACGUGUUGGCCGAGGGUAAAGCAGUGACUCCUGAUAUCGGCGGAAAAGCUACAACUACCGAGUUCACUGCUGCAAUUUUGUCAAAAACACCAAUUGAAGUGCUGAGGAAGAACUUCAAAAGCAUACAAAAACUCGUGGAGACACAUAAAAGUUAUUGUAUAUCCCAGAUAAAGCUAAUUGAAAACACUCCCAAUAAGAAAGAGAAGUUGGAUCUUAUUGAUGCCGCUAUUCAAAAGCAGGAAAUGUUUAACUAUGAUAUUGAAAGAAGGGUCGAAGAGCACAAUAAGUAUAUUUCAAGGCUGAAAAUAAGACUACACAAGCUUAAACAGUUUCAAACAUUUUAUGAUGACCACAAAAAAGACCUCUCCAGUGAAGAAGCACUAACCAAAUAUGCAUCGCUUUACAGAGAAGAGAUCAACCUGUUGUUGAUUGAUUUUCUUCUUAAAAGCUCUUUUAUGGAUCAAGCUCAUUUGGAUGGGCAAAACUCGGGUGUUAUUUUGGCUAAGAAAUUGGGACUUGAUAACCUUAUUGACUAUGAUGUGAUAUUACGAGGUCUUGAAAUCUAUAAUGAAAUCAGGUUCCACAAAAAUCUGAAAAUUUUGAUCAAAUGGUGCACAGAAAACAAAAAGAGUCUGAAGUCAAUCCAGGACGAAAACGAUCCAAACUCCUCUCUGAAAUUUGAAACUUAUUUUCAAAGUUUCAUUGAACACGUUAAGCUAGGGGAGCUUUCCAAGGCUCUAGAGAUUGCCAGUGAAUAUUUGGUGAAUUUCUUGGACACGAAUGUGGACGACAACUUAUACAAAAUUGCUUCAGGUGCGGCAUUACUUUGCUGGAAUCGAACUUACUUAAAUGACACCAUUCAGCUAUCCCUCAAUCGCGAUCAUGAAAGAACUUCCUCAUUUUAUGACCAGAGUAUGAACAUGGUGAGCCAAAUUCAAGGGAAUGUAUCACCGUUAAAGGAGCUCUUGGAGGAAAGUAAAUGGUCCAAGCUAGCUGAUUUUUUCCUGUUCAACUACAACUCUAUAUAUGGAAUAAGCCAGAAACCAGACCUGCUAUUGCUUUUGAGUGUGGGAUCCACUGCCCUUAAGACAAGAUCUUGUCUACGCUCCUCAACCCUUAGUCAAGUCAGUACGAAUGACAUCAAUUUCGACGAUUACUUGAUCGACACCAGGAACAAAGAUGGCAGACCUGCGAUACAUAAUGAAUGUCCAAUAUGCUCACCAGAUCUUUACGAACUUACUCAUGAUAUCCCAUUUUCUCAUCAGGUAAAGUCGAAUAUCUACGACAAUCCAGUGAUGCUUCCUAAUGGCAAUAUAUACCAAUAUGAUAAACUGAUCUCGAAAUCUUUCAACAUUAGUGGGGAAAACUUUGAGCGAUCGAAGCUCAUGCCAAUGCAGCAUUCCAAAGAAUUGAAGGACUCGAUUGGCAUUCUUGGUAAGAAUGAGUCUAGUGGUCUGUUGGACAACUAUGAGCUUCUUGACCCUUUGACAGGGGAGGUUUUCAAAAGGGAACAAAUUACAAAAGUAUUUCCUACGUAAGAUUUAGUGGCACAUAUGAUGAGCUUUUUGACUGCCCUCCCACCUUAACUUUGCAAAAUAACGUAGCGCCAAAAC